AUGGCAGAAGAGUGGGGAAAACAGUCUUUUGCUGCUCGGAGGCAUUAUGAAGACUCAACCAGAGGAGCUGCCUUCGUUUACACAAACAGCAAUAAUACCAGAGGUAUAGUAUGAUCAUUUUUUUUUCCCCACUGAGUGCAUGUAUAAGUCAGGAAUGGUAACAAUAAAAAAGAAAAGAAUGAAGAUGUAAAUAAAUGUAUUAAUAAAAAAAAAAUAUAUAUAUAUAAAAACAAGAAUUAGAGCAUGACUGUAUUUCCGAUAAAGGGUGAUUAAAAUGUAAUAAUUUCUGACAAUAUUAUUUUGUUCGAUUUGUCUCAUCAGCUCAAAGACUAGAGAUUGUCUUGCUGUCAGAUGAAUUCAGUCUUUUAAAGGAAUACAUUGUUGUUUGAAAGUUAUCCAUUACUCACACUGAGACACUAUGUUAUGCUCAAGUGAAAAAAUGAUUACAUUUAAUUGUGUGUCUUUAAUGGUUAUUUUGAGGAGCUUAAUAGUUUGCUACUAGGUUUCCUCGUGGUAGUGAGUAGUUUUACAAAGACAGACAAAUUAAUUGACAGCAUUGUGCCUCAGAAUUAAUUAUGGCUGCUUCAGUCAACUUGAACCCCUGGAUAACAUCAGAACCUCAAUAAAACAUUGUUUCCAAAUCCUUACUGUGACCACAUGUGGAGCUUGUGAGACUAUGAGAUUCAGGAUUGAGAAACGUUACUCACGUGCAUGUGCUUCUUUUUCCUUUAGAUCCCUUUGAGGGUCCCAAUUACCACAUCGCCCCACGAUGGGUAUACAAUCUUGCAACACUCUGGAUGAUUGUAGUGGUCAUCUUAUCAGUUUUCACCAACGGUCUUGUCUUGGUAGCCACAGCAAAGUUCAAGAAACUCCGCCACCCUCUAAACUGGAUCUUGGUCAAUCUUGCGAUAGCAGAUCUUGGAGAGACAGUUUUUGCAAGCACCAUCAGUGUAUGCAACCAGAUGUUUGGUUACUUCAUUCUUGGACAUCCAAUGUGCGAGUUUGAGGGCUUUGUUGUCUCAGCUUGUGGUAAGUGUUGACAGUUUAUUUCUACUACAGGAAGGUUUUGGCCACUAUUUUUAGACCAUAAAUGCUGUAGUUGAAUAAUAAACUUUCUUGCACAGGUAUUACAGCUCUCUGGUCUCUGACUAUCAUCUCCUGGGAGAGAUGGGUUGUUGUGUGCAAACCUUUUGGAAAUGUCAAAUUUGAUUCCAAAUGGGCCGGAAGUGGGAUAAUAUUUGCCUGGGUGUGGGCAUCAGCGUGGUGUGCUUGUCCCCUCUUUGGAUGGAGCAGGUAGCCUGCUGUUGUAUUUCCAAUUUGAAACACAGUGUUUUGAAAUUAUAACCAAAAUUGUUUACCUUACAAUUUCUUGCAUUAGAUACUGGCCCCAUGGACUGAAGACUUCCUGUGGACCUGAUGUAUUCAGUGGAAGUGAAGACCCCGGAGUCCAGUCCUAUAUGAUUUGUCUUAUGCUCGCUUGCUGUAUUUUGCCUUUGUCUAUCAUCAUCUUGUGCUAUCUUGCUGUCUGGAUGGCUAUCCGUGCUGUAAGUGAUCCUAACAGAAGUUUCAUACAGCACAUGAACUGAACCACAGUCUGAAAGAAUCUCACACUGUGCUGGUUUGUUGAUCACAGGUUGCCAUGCAGCAGAAAGAAUCAGAGUCAACCCAGAAAGCUGAGAGAGAAGUAUCUAGGAUGGUCGUUGUCAUGAUCUUUGCGUUCAUAUUCUGCUGGGGACCUUACACCUUCUUUGCCUGCUACGCUGCAGCUAACCCUGGUUAUGCUUUCCAUCCCUUGGUUGCAUCCAUGCCAGCAUAUUUUGCCAAGAGCGCCACCAUCUACAAUCCUAUUAUCUAUGUCUUCAUGAAUCGACAGGUUGGCAGAAAAGAAAGCAUUACUACAGUGAACAAUUUUCAAUAUGUUUUUCAUUGACAAUCUUGUCAUUUUCAUUGUUUGUGUCUUUCAGUUCCGUGAAUGCAUCAUGAAACUUUUUGGCAAAGAAGUGGAAGAAAGCUCUGAAGUAUCUUCAUCAAAGACAGAGGUCUCCUCUGUGGCUCCUGCAUAA